CUUAGAACAAAGACAAAACUUCUCUUUUUCUCUCCGGUCUCUUCUUCUUCACACUAAGCAAGCAAACGGAGAGAAGAGUGACAAACUAACGAGACGUGAUUGGCGGCGCUGUCAUGGCCAUGAUGAUGCUGAUGAUGCUCCAAGCUCUAGGAUGCGUAGAGACAGCUUGGCGUAGUCUAGUCAGGUACAGCAGUGUGUACCCAAUGGUCUGCUAUUGUAUGUCGAGUGAAGCCGUAUAAAGAUCCCAUCCUAGGCACUCAGCAGUUCCAAAUCAAGUUCUGCCAUUCAACUUGAGAAAGAAAUAAAUUCUUGAGAUCAACUACGACGCCCAAAAACCAUCAACCCACCAAGAUAGAAACAACAAAACAACCAUGGCUUCUCCUGUUAUUUACAAUCGUGGCGGUCCUGUCCAAAUCGCCCAUCCUGGCCCAUUCACUUGUACGCAGUCCAUCUGCUCAGACACGGCAUGCGCAGACAACAGUCUUGAGUUCCAAUGUCUCUCGCAAGUUAUGCAAGGGUACGACAUCUCCUUUCUCGGCUUGACCAUGCAGUGUGACAGCGACUCGACCGUCUAUCCAUUCAUGAGCUGCACUUGCUCCGAGGGUUUUGUCAAUUGCGAUGAUAACGGGGCUAAAGAAGGCGAGGGGAGUCCCAGUGUAGAUGGCGCAAGUGGCUACGCUGCGGAUAUCACAUUGGUUGGAAAGCGAGGUGGGGGUGUGCCGACUAUGCAAAGCGCCGAGGGCAGCAGUUUCGAUAUUCAGACUGCUUCAGCUAUUCAGACAGCUGGAGGCAUCACUCAGGGCACUCAAACUAUUCCUGCUGUCCAGACGGCCGGGGGUGGUGCUCAAGAAAGCCGGACCAAGACUACUCCGACUGCGCCAAACUCGCCGACUGCGACGGGUGCGGCCAACAAAUACUUUGGCGAUGGGCUCGGAUGGCAGCUGAGACUUGGUCUUGUCGCCCUCGUCUCGGCUGAGCUGACCCUCUGAGGCUCUCUGGUUAGUCUCACGGCACACUCUGUACGUUAUGUAUACGCUGUGUGUGUUUACCUACUCGAGAUUAGUAUACGGAAUCUCUUUCUUCUUAU